UAGAAUUUAUAUUUGUAUGUUUAUAUUUUGGAUACUCAAUAACAAAUACACUGUAAGAAGAAUCUGUCGUAAACCGGGCCUUAAAUCAGAAUCUGGCGUCACAAAUUUGUGAUCGAAUAGCGAACAUGUUAGAUCCAGCUUUUCAAUAUUACCAGACGAAUUAAUUCAUAUCGAGGGGUACGCUUUGGUGAAUUUUCAUACGAAGCAAUAGUAAAUUACUUCCUAUCACCAUUGUAAGAAAAAGGCUUUUAUCAAAGGUUUCAUAAAGAAGGCCAAUUUGAGCAAAUUUAGGUCUUGUUGAAAGUUAUAUUUAUCAUAAUUUAUAAUUACAUGUACACAUAAAUAUGGGAUAUUUCUGCAUUUACUGAUGCUUCUUCAGUCAAAUGAGGCCUUUUAUUUCUUAUAACAUAUUAAAAAACAUUUUAAGCUCUUUAUCCUUACUUACUUCUUAUCUUUAUCUUGAAUUCAUUUUAUGUUUUACGUAAGCAUGCUAUCUCUCGUACGUUUAUUUCGAAUAAAGGAACAUAAUUUUUAUGUACAUUUUUACAGCUGUUUAUAUGAAACAGUUUUUAUCAGUUUUAUCGCUAUCACGAUAUUUAUCAUUCUCGAAUGAUUAAGUCUAAGUCUGAUGGCAUAACAUUUUCAGAUUAGGUAUCAGCAACAUGGUGUUGUUCUUCAUUCUCGAUAAUUAUUUGUCGAUAGCACUAGUCAUCGGUCUAAACGCGAUUCUGAUUACGAGUACACAGCCUAAACUGAAAUUAGUUAAUGUAGUAUUCAGACACGGCGAUCGAACACCUGAUAAUAACGGUUAUGAAAUGUUUCCGACUGAUCCAUAUAUAAAUUAUACAUUCUUUCCGACAGGCCUCGGUCAAUUGACUAAUCAAGGCAAGAAACAUGAAUAUGAAUUGGGACAAGUCUUGCACUGCAGAUAUAAAGACUUUCUGGGCGAUUUGUAUCUGCCAAACUUGGUCGUGGGUUACAGUUCGGAUUAUGAUAGAACAAAGAUGUCCCUGCAACUCGUUCUGGCUGCUUUGUUUCCGCCUACGGAUACUCUACAACGAUGGAAUGCUGAUUUGAACUGGCAACCAAUUCCGACGAUGUAUCUUUCACGUGUCGACGACAACUUAUUCUUGGCUGACGAUUGUCCACAAUUCGUCGACGAGUACAAUCGUAUACUGAAUAUGCCCGAAAUAAAAAAGGAGAUGUCCCAAUUUAAAGACGUGAUGAGUAAGUUGACGAAGUUAACCGGUAAGAAUAUCGAAACGCCUUCGGAUUUGUAUUAUUUAUAUAAUACUUUCGUAUCGGAGUCGUCCAUGAAUCUAACCCUUCCCAAAUGGGCGCAUGAUUACUUCCCUCAUGGUCCACUGUUCGAUGGUAUUGUAUUCGCAUAUAAAAUUUACAAUUUUACUCCUUUAAUAAGAAGACUCUUCGUUGGUCCAAUGAUUCGCGCGAUAUUGAGCAAUAUGAUAAAAGAAAAAAAUUCGAAUCCACCGGAUACAAAGAUUUAUUUAUAUAGUGGUCACGAGACUAACGUCGCGUCGAUGCUGCACGCAUUUAACUUAUACAAGCCUCAUGUACCUGAAUACUCUAGCGCGGUUAUUUUGGAAUUAUUACAGCAAGACAAGCAGCACUACGUGAAGUUUUUACAUUAUCGGGGUAUUCCGUCGAUCAUCGACGAGCUUGAGAUCCCAGGUUGUGAAAUACUCUGUCCUUUCGACAAGUUCUCGGAUCUAAUUCAGGAUUUAAUUCCGUCCGACGAAGAAAUGAUUUGCGAUAAGAGGCAGAUUCCGGAUUACGCUAACACGGAAUAUCCUGUCAUGUUACAGAACAUGAUAUACAAUUUAAUAAAGAAAAAUUAAUUUAAUAAAGAACCAAUACAGCAAUAACGCAUAGCGCCAAUUAAAAUGUUAUACAUAAAAUAUUUUAAAUAUCCAUAAUUGUAUUUAAAGAACCCCGCACUAAUCAUAUGGAAAAUCUGUCCCGGUCAAAUCAAUUG